CUGCUCGGGGGUCGGAAAGCACCGCGGUGUAACGGAACGUGGCAUUUCUACAAGGGGGGGCCGGGCGGAGAAACUGGAGGCUCCGAACCCCACAUCCACACGUCUCCCUCCGGAGAACCUGCGGAGAGUCCCCGGAGCUCAGUGAAUGUCCGAAAGCAGCAAUAUUGUCAGAAGGAUGUUCGGUGGAGGUCCUGCCCCGGGGCCCUCCUUGGUGGUUCAUCCGCCCAUGCACAGUGCCACUUCCCACACAACCAGCGAGUCGGCCUGUGACGUGUAGGAUCGGCGGCGUGGCCACGGUUGCUGCGUGCCGGGCUGUCGGCUGCUGCGUGUCGGACUCCCCCGCUGGAGCUCUCCCUGUGGCUCGGCCCAGUCGGUCGUCAUGAAUAAGGAAAUCAUGUCACGUGUGGUGAAGAAGAGGCAGGCAGACCCCAAGGUGGUCCAGUAUGUGUGGGCGUCCAUUGAGGUCAUCCGCAACCAGAAACAAAUCGCAAAUAUGGACAGGAUCUCCAAGUACCUGAGUCGUGUUUAUAGUAUGCACCCUAAGGAGACAGCCAGACAGCUGAGCCUGGCGGUUAAGGACGGCCUGGUGGUCGAGACCCUCACGGUUGGUUGCAAGGGCUCAAAAGCCGGCAUUGAGCAGGAAGGCUACUGGCUACCGGGGGAGGAAAUGCCAAGUCAAUUCCCAAUGAAUCAGCCGGAGCCGAAAGCCGAGGGAAGCAAGGACUGGGAGGCAGAAAGCCACGACUGGUACUGCUUCGAGUGUCACCUACCGGGCGACAUCCUCACGUGUGACAACUGCUUCCGAGUCUAUCAUCUCAAGUGUCUGUCGGACGAGUGCAAGCCCAGAGAUGGAGGAUCUCACUGGCAGUGCGUCGCCUGCAGGGGCAGUAAAAAGAAGAACCUGAACAAACAGGACAUGUGUAAAUACCUGCGUUUCAUCGUCCAGCGUAUGAAGGAGCGGGCAGUGGACCUGAACAAGAAAGGCAAAGACAUUAAACAUCCCAUGUACAGACGGCUGAUCCACACUGCACUGGACGUGUCCAACAUCCAAGAGAACCUGUCUGAGGGAAAGUAUAAGAACUUUGAUGAGUUCAAAGCAGACGCUCAGCUGAUUGUUCACAACACUUCCAUCUUGUAUGGAGUUCACAGCGACCAGGCAGAGAUCGCCCGGUUGCUCUUCAGCGACACAUGUCACGAGUUGAACGAGUUGUUGUUGUGUAAGAACUGCUUCUACCUGUCGAACGCCCGGCCCGACAACUGGUUCUGUUACCCCUGUAGCCCCAGUCAUGACCUGGUCUGGGCGAAGAUGAAGGGUUUUGGCUACUGGCCGGCCAAAGUCCUGCAGCGGGAGGACAACCAGGUGGACGUGCGCUUCUUCGGACACCAGCACCAGAGAGCCUGGAUUCCUGCAGACAACAUACAGGACAUCAAGGUGAGUGUCCAGCAGCUGCAGGUGAAGCGCAGCAGUGGUUGGAAGAAGGCUUGCGAGGAGCUUGAGGUCUACCAGCGUUUCCUGAGGGAGGGACGCUACUGGAAAACAAAGAUGGAGGAAAGCAGCCUGCCGCACCAUCAACAGAGCCAGAGCCAGCAGCAGCAGCCACUGCAGGAAGUGGAGGAGGAGGAAGAGGACGAUGUGGUGGAGGAGGAGGAAGAGGAGGAGGGUGGUGGUGGUGGUGGUGGUGGCGCUGGUGGAGCCGCGAGACCAGACAGACCAGACAGACCAGACAGACCACAGCGGACAGACGAAGCCGAGUCGAGCAUCUCGUCCACGAGCAACGAGCAGGUCCGACAUCUCAAGGGCAGUCAGGAGCCCAAGGCGAAGAAGAGUCGUCGGUCUCAAAUGGUUGAGCCCAAAGAGGAAGCCAGUGUAAGUUUGUUUGUCAACAAUCCAACGGACCCGGAGCCCGAGAUGGAGGCGGUGAGCUCCAGCCAGGAGAUCCCCGUGUCCUCGGCGCCGCAGCAGCCGGAGAAGCUGUCGGUGUCGACUCAGACCAAGAAGGCCAGCGGGGGGUCGCCGCGCACUCUGCACCGCGGCACCCAGACCAGCAGCGACGGCGCCUGCCAGAACAUGUGCCACGAGAAAUACACCAAGGUCUUCAACGACGUGAAGGAGAUGAUGAAGGCCGACAACAAGAGGGAAACGGAGAGGGUCGUCCGAGAAGCUCUGGAAAAGCUCCGUGCAGAGAUGGAGGAGGAGAAGCGUCAGGCGGUGACGAAGGCGGUGGCCGGAUCUCAAGCGGAGAUGGAGAGGAAGUGUAAGCAGGUGAAGGAGAAGUGUAAAGAGGAGCUGGUGGAGGAGGUGAAGAAGCUGGUGGCCCAACACAAACAGCUCAUCUCCCAGACCAAGAAGAAACAGUGGUGUUACAACUGUGAGGAGGAGGCCAUGUACCACUGCUGCUGGAACACCUCGUACUGCUCCAUCAAGUGUCAGCAGGAGCACUGGCACGCCGACCACAAACGAACCUGCCGCCGGAAGAGAUGAGCGACCAAGCCCCGCCCUCUCUGAACCCCCCCCACAGCUCGCCAAUGGCUCUCGCCCCCUCUGUCGCCUGUCAGUCAGUGUCUACAACACACACACACACAACCCCCCCCCUUCCUGCUUCUCUACUUGCCUUCCUGAAAACUUUGUGGACCCGAGUCUUUGCUUGGGACGAGCUUCUGUUUGUGUUAUUUAAUGUUCCCGUCGUGUUGAUUCCUCUGAACCACGAACAGUUCGAGUCCUCGUCCGACUUUUAAGUUUCUCUUUUUGAGUUUUUAUUCUUUUACUUUUACUGAAGUGCUAAUUUUGAGCUUGUGUCAGAGAAUGUGUUAUUUAAGUGUGUAGUAACAGAUGAGCAUUAACAGAAGACAUUUUAUUACCUGAAUUUUUUAAGAGUCAUUUUUCUUACUGUAAAUGCAGCAAAUACACCCUGUCGUCCCCCCCCCCCCUGUAAGUACUACCGCUGCAUUGAACGAGUUCUGCUUUCAUAGAGAAAACGACAAGAAGCUUUGUGAGGUCACGAAGUUUCUCUUUUCACUUUUCACGAGGCGCUUGUGGUGAAAAGCACCUUUUAUCAUUUCUACCUAAAAUCAAGGCUUAUUGGAAACAGGGUCACGAGUUCGGCUUGAAAAGACGCCGACAAAAAUAUCUUCCAUGUAUUAUUAUUGAUAUUAUAAUUAAUAUUAUGCAAUUUUUCCUUCUUUUUUUUUUAACAGACACAUUUUAAUGAGUCAGGUAUUAAAAUUAAAAUGUGAAAAAUCAUUUAUUGGCGUUGCUCUAAAUUGGGAAAAUGUAGAACAAUCUUUCUUGAGCUGGAUCUUAGAGAGGUUCCAUGAUUUGACCGUUUUUGCACAUUUCAUUUUGUUAACAGCCCAAAUACGUGUAACACCCCCCCCCCCCCCGUCCCGGCUUUGCUUUGUAUAGUUUUCCGAGCGUCGUAAGUGUAAUUUUUAUAAUAUGAUAAACACUCGAAAUGCAUCUUCUUUCCUUUUGUUAACCUGACGUGUGAGUGAAGCUCCGAGGCUCUUUCCCUGCUCGUGCUGUGGUCGGUGCCGGUUUCUCUUCUUCGUGCAUGUUGAUGGUUCCAUCGUCUUUUUUUCAUUCAUCGCGGUAAAAGAAAACAACAAAUAAAAAAAUGAAGAAGACGGAUGGACCAAUAUAAAACAUUAUGCAAAUGUGAAUGAUCAAAUCAAUCUUUUCUAUUCUUCUCCCUGAGAUGGAGGUCGGUUGUUUCUACCUUUUGGUGCUUGGAUAUUUUUUUUUUUUCCCUUCCUCAAUGCGGCAAUCAAAUUGCCAGGUUUUGAUUUUUAGAAGUGUGACACUUUUAAAGUUUGACUGUUUCCUCAGUUAUGAAGAUUGACUGAACGGAGGAAAGAUAAUUCAGCUUCUCUGUACAGAUCCUUUUCUUUUUUCUAAAACCGCUCUGGUUUGUGCUUCUGGUUGUGUGUUCACAUCGGUUGUGUGGUAAAUGAAAAGUGAACUCUCAGUCCAGGUGGUCUACUUGUGCCGUGUGCCCGUUCUAUAGCACAUGCUAACUGUACGUUAUGAUCUAUAUAUUGAUGUUGCUUUUCAUUCUGUACCAACAGGAAAUCAAAAUGCUCAAUAAAUCCUGGUUUCACAGAUGCAGAAAGUUAAAGUCUAAGUCCAAAGUCGAAUUAUAGCAGCGCGGGUGAAGCCCUGGCUCUGAAAUCCAGAAAAUAGGGUUUGAUAUUAAAGUAAGAGAAUAUUGAAUUAUGGGUUGCAUGGCGACGAUGGACAAGUCCAGCCACCGUCUCAGUUACACAACUACACAACUUCAAUGAUGGGAUAUUUCAAGCAGCAGAUUUCCAAGGUGUGUGGAGUGUUGGGUUGAAUAACCGACAACGUGUGUGUUGAUGAACAAACACGUUUUAUUGAAGUGAAGCCCUGAUAUGAUUCUGCAGGUUUUGGAAACACAGAACUCUUUAAAGUAUUCGAGCGAACAAUGUGAUUAUUAUUAUGAUUUCUAAACCUUGUCUUUGUUUUGAAAAUGUUUCGAGCGCAUCACUCUAACAUGUCACCCGUCGUCGUACCGCUCUGCCACCGUGUCACUUCAUCUCAUGUUUUAUCACAGUUCUCCUCCGAGUUUCGGCAUCAAACGUUGUCUCUUCGUCAUCAUUGCACUACAUGUAAAUAAAAUGUCUCCCGUCACAUGAUAUGUACAUUGUAAAUGAAUUCACAAAUAUUGGAUUUCAGCUGUUCUCUUCUGGAUGACUGUUAGUUUUAGUUUUGUACAAUGUACAACCGUAAUCAUGUUGAACUCUGUGGCCACAUCGCGGAGCUGUCUGUGUUUCAGUUUCUCUUUUUCUUUAUCACGUCAAAACACCGUGAACCACACUGCACCUUCCACGUAUCCCAGUGAUUCAACGUGUGGGUUUUUAACACACUGUUGGAAACCUACUCAUAAGUGCAUGACACAUCUCACGUGACUCUUCUCUUUUACUGUUUUUAUAUUCGUCCAUCCAGCCGUGAAGAUUUCAGUGAAUUUAGUUUGUUUUCCGCUAUGUGGAAAAGAAAAUUGAUGUCAUUCCAGUUUGUAUCUCUGGUUUUUAAACUGCAUGAGUAAAGGUGUGUAUCUGUGGCUCCUUAUUCUGUUUCCCUUGUGUAAAGAAGAGAUUUUUGCACUUCCUCAGAGUAAUGCAAUAUGACAAUGAUGUUUUUUUUUCAUUUUUUGGGAAAUUCACUUAAGCUAAAUCACAUUUUCAAAUCAGUAAAUCCACGACACGGUCGACCAGACCCAGACUUUUCACUGUUUCUAUUCCCUAAGUACGUGAUAUGGUGUGAGUACUAUAUGAAAUCCUGCUUAUACUUUCAGAGUAUAGUUACUUUUUAACUGGAAUAAUUCUAGUUAAAAAUUGGUUUGUCCUCAUCUCCUGGAGAUCAUUAUCUUCUGUUCUGUCCAUAUGUACACUAUUAAUCGUGGCUUAACAUUUUCUAUGCUCCUGAUAUUUCUUUUUUGAUGCUGUAGCCAGCAAUAUGUAUAUAAAUAUAUUCUAUGUGCUAACAUGGAGGAAAUAAAUGUAUCAAAAAUG